ACUCCCUGUGUAAGUGCACUAAAAGGGUAUGAAGUAACGACAUCCACCCUAUAUGUGGUGCACUAUGUAUGUCCACUUGCGAGUCAUUUGGGAUGUAGCCGCUGUGAUCACUGACCGACCGUCUCUAGCAGUAAACAGAGUUAUAGCAACGGCUCGAAUGCUUCAUUUAUCUUCUUCCCUCGGCAUUGUUUAGGUUCAAACAAAGUCAGCAAGACUUUUCAGUAAGAGUUUGGAUGCGUUUUCAACAGACAAGUCUAUUUUGAUGAACAUGCGUUGAAUACAUCCUGUACAAAGAGUAUCUUUUUGUUUGUUUGUUUGUUUAUUUAUUUAGUAAACCCCCGUUAGCAUUAGCUUGCGGCUAGAUAUAGAUCAUUAUUAUUAUUCUCAUCUUCGGUUAAUUCUUAUUAAAGCUGUUUUAUGUUUGGAGAAUGGUGUAUGAAUAUAUAGGUGACGCAGUUGAACUGUUUAAUGCAUGUGACUGUAAAUCCCAGGAAUUGGACGUGCGUGUGCGCGUGUGUGUUUAGUUAGCUUAGCCACACUAGCGCGUCUCCUGCAGCUGCACUCGCGCUCAGCGGCUUCACUCAGUGCGCCAUGGCGGAGGGAGGUGGACCCGAGCCGGGCAACGCUGCAGAGCCUGUCGCGGAGCCCGUGGCCGCUCAAACCCCGCUCCCUUCAAUCGACAGUCAAAAGCAGACCAUCGGAGCUCUUCUGAAAACUACACUCCGGAAAGGAGACGAAUGGUUUUUGAUUGACAGUCGAUGGUUCAAACAGUGGAAAAAAUAUGUGGGCUUUGAUAGCUGGGAUUUGUACAAUGUCGGGGAACACAACUUGUAUCCUGGACCCAUCGACAACUCUGGGCUUUUUUCAGACCAGGAAACCCAAGCGCUGAAGGAGCAUCUCAUAGAUGAGUUAGACUAUGUCCUAGUGCCUACAGAAGCAUGGAAUAACCUCGUCAGCUGGUAUGGAUGUCUAGAAGGCCAGCGGCCCAUCGUCAGGAAGGUGGUUGAGCAUGGUAUGUUUGUGAAGCACUGUAAAGUGGAAGUCUAUCUGCUCGAGCUGAACCUGUGUGAGAAUGACAACAUGGACAACGUGGUCACCCGCCAUUUCAGCAAAGCCGACACUAUUGAUACCAUUGAGAAAGAGAUGAGGACUCUCUUUAAUAUCCCAUCAGAAAAGGAGACUCGGUUGUGGAACAAGUACAUGAGUAACACUUAUGAGCAGUUAAACAAGCCUGACAGCACAGUUCAGGAUGCCGGGCUUUUUCAGGGCCAGGUACUUGUGAUUGAGAGAAAGAAUGAAGAUGGCACGUGGCCCAGACAAGCCUCCCAUCCAAAGUCCAGUACAGCCACCUCUAGGACUUUCACAACGUCACCGAAGCUGUCCUCCAACUCCUCUGCCACCAUUUCUUCCACAGUGACCAAUGGAGACAGCAGCAGCAGCAACUCGAGUUACAUGCUGAACAACAGCACGUCUGCUGGAAUCAGGUUGGGAGGAUACAGCUCGUACAGCUCGUCCUACAGUUAUAGAGAGUCUGCCUCUCAACCAGGCCUGUGUGGCCUCAGCAAUCUGGGCAACACCUGCUUCAUGAACUCUGCACUCCAGUGUCUGAGCAAUUCACCCCCACUGACAGAAUAUUUUCUGGAGGACAAGUAUGAAGCCGAGAUCAACCGAGAGAAUCCCUUAGGAAUGCGAGGGGAGAUCGCUGAGGCCUAUGCAGAUUUGAUCAAACAGAUGUGGCUCAGCCGGAGCAGCUAUGUGGCUCCCCGCACUUUUAAAACACAGGUUGGCCGUUUUGCCCCUCAGUUCUCAGGGUACCAGCAGCAGGACUCUCAGGAGCUUCUGGCCUUCUUGCUUGACGGCCUACACGAAGACCUGAACCGUGUCAAGAAGAAGCCUUACUUGGCCUUGAGAGAUGCAGAGGGCAGGCCAGAUGAGAUUGUGGCUAAAGAGGCAUGGAAGAACCAUCGGCUACGUAAUGAUUCCAUCAUUGUGGAUAUCUUCCAUGGCCUGUUCAAGUCCACUCUGGUCUGCCCUGAGUGCUCCAAAGUGUCUGUCACCUUUGACCCUUUCUGCUACCUCACACUGCCAUUGCCCAUGAAGAAAGAUCGCACCAUGGAGGUGUUCCUGGUCCGCAAUGACCCUCAGUCCAGACCCAUGCAAUUUCGUGUAGUGGUCCCUAAACUAGGUACAGUGGCAGACCUGUGCAGCGCUUUGGCCAAGCUAUCUGGAGUUCCUGCAGAGAAUAUGGUCGUGGCUGAUGUUUACAAUCACAGAUUCCAUAAAAUUUACAGAAAGGAUGAAGGUCUCAACCACAUCAUGGAAAAAGAUGACAUCUUUAUCUAUGAGGUGUUGGAGGAGGACAGUGAACAGAUGAAUCUGCCAGUAUACUUCAGGGAGAGAGAUGUGAAGCACAGCGGAGGCUCCUCGUGCACCAUGCUGUUUGGGCAGCCACUCCUCAUCACUGUUCCUCGUCACAACCUUUCCCCAGACACAUUGUAUGAGCGUGUGCUGGAAAGGAUUGGGCGUUAUGUGAAGCACUCGCCGGGUACCAUGAUGGAGAGCAGAGGGUAUGCUACAGCCACGUCCUCUAGCAGCCAUUCAGACGGUGGAGAUUUAGUGUCUAGCCACAAUGCAGGGCUAAGUGGCUGUAGCAGCCCAAUGUCCAACGGGGCGUCUGGCAGUGCUUGCUCUACCGCUGGCAGCAACCACUCUGACACCUGCAAUGGGCCCAAUGGAGUGUGUGAUGGUGAAGAGGAAGCUAUGGACCACCAGGUGAGCCCAGAUCCAGAAAGCAGCCAGUCAGAGACUGUAGAUGGGGAGGACGAGACCUCGGAGCCUGAGAAUGGCCCGGUUACUACUACUGGAAAGACUUGUUCUUCCCGGCCUAAACUUUUCUCUUUUAGCAUGGUGAACUCCUAUGGCACGGCUAACAUCAGUCCCUUAGCUGGCAACGUCCUCAAACUCACACCACAUUCCACAAUAGCCAUUGACUGGGACUCAGAAACCAAAAGACUGUGCUACAAUGACCAGGAGGCAGAGGCUUACGAGAAACACGAGAGCAUGAUGCAAGCUCAGAAAAAGAAGGCCACAGUGGCUCUGAGGGAAUGCAUUGAGCUCUUCACUACCAUGGAGACUCUGGGAGAGCACGACCCAUGGUACUGCCCCACCUGUAAGAAGCACCAGCAGGCUACGAAGAAGUUUGAUCUGUGGUCCCUACCCCGCAUUCUGGUGGUUCAUCUGAAACGCUUCUCCUACAACCGCUGCUGGAGAGACAAACUGGAUACUGUGGUUGAUUUCCCCAUCAGGGAUCUGAACAUGUCCGAAUUUGUCUGCGACCCUAAAGCUGAGCCAUAUGUAUAUGACCUUGUUGCUGUCUCCAACCACUAUGGAGGAAUGGGUGGAGGCCACUAUACCGCAUAUGCUAAGAAUAAGGCUGAUAAGAAAUGGUAUUAUUUUGAUGACAGCAGUGUGUCCUCUGCCUCUGAGGAUCAGAUAGUGACUAAGGCAGCCUACGUGCUUUUCUACCAGCGGCGAGAUGGAGAGGGUGCAUCCAGAUCCACUCCGUCUGCAUCGCUCGGAGGAGCUUCCGACUCUCUGGAUGACCACAUGGACACCAACUGACUCUCGUUUGUCAUUCGGCACAGGCACUGAAAUAAAAGCUUCAUGAACAAAUGAUCAUUGAUUGACAUCCCAGGUUUUUCAGCGCUUUGACAUGGAGGUCCAGCGUUUUCUGCUUUGUUUCCUACACUUAUUUUCCAUGAGCCAAGAAGGAUUAAAAAAUCACAAUAAGAAUGAAAAUAAAUAAGUGAAAAUUUUAGUUUUAAUUGUGACAUGACUUUUUGCCUGCACUGCUCUUUAAUUUAAAAUAGAAACGAAAUGAAAAUUCAGUCUUGCCUGAUGUCAGGAAUGCUAAAAAAUGUUGCAUAACAUUAUUGCAAUGAAAGCAAAUUCUUUUGUCACCCAGUAGAAUACAGAAAGAAGCCAAAUGUUUUGUGCUAUAUCAACCAAAGUUGUAUGGGUUGGUGGCAUUUAAGAUUGUCAGGUCAGGGGAAAUGUAUGCAAAAAUAAGAUGUUUAAUUCUUUCCCCUCUACAGUCUCCCAUUACACUCUGAAAGGGUUUAGUUAAAUGUGCCUCUUGUGAGGAAUAGAGUCUUCUCAGAUAAAACAGGAGGCUUUUCUUUACUGACUAUCCACCUGAGACUUUCAGUAGAGUCUUUAACACGUACUUCACUCUUAAGGCUUGAAGCCUGGGGUGAAUAGCAUAGGCUAAACUAUAGCUAAGGUUGUGAUAAAGAUGAUUACACUGCUGAUCUUUUAUUGUGCUGCUCUCUGAAAUGUUAGCACUAGCUGCCUUUCUGCCCCAAGAACUGUUAAAAGGGGGCUUGUGUGAGUGGAUUUAAUUUUAAAUUUAGUGGUACACUUAGAUGUCCAGCUUGUUUAAAAGGCACUGAGGUUUAUAAUACAUGCUAUUGUUUGGUUAAGACCACAUUUGCAAUAUUCACUGCUUCUGAUUGACUCUUCCACUUUGGUGAAUUUUUAUGUAGUUAUUUUUAUUUUAUUUUUUUUGUUCUGGGACAUUCUGCUCGCCUCUAAGGCCAGGUAGAGAGGCGCAUCGAGUCACUGCUCGAGAGUGGUGCUAAAUUUGAGACUUGAAAAGGCUGCAGCUAUUGGCUGGAAACUUUAGGUCGAUGCUAUGUAGAGGCUUUACACAUUCACUAAAUACAAUAUUACUCUGUCCUACCUGCCACCCUUUACAUUUUCAAUUUGCUAUCAUUGGUUGCGGUAUUAUUUGCUUUCUAUACAUUCUAGCAGAAUGUUGUCCACACGGUCCUUUUGUGUUAAGAAUUUACCGUCAAUAUGCAUCUUUGAUCUUAUGCUUUUCUGUGGAACAGCAGCAUGCAUGUGUCUUGAAAAAUUUGCAAAAUGAAAAAUUGUUGGUUAGUCCCCAUGUGUUUAUCUCUUUUCAGUCUGACAGGCUGCGAUAAGUACAUGCUUAAUUUCCUGCUACAAUAUUGUACAACUUGGAGCCUAGAAUUAUGAUAUACUGGCCAAUGCAUUUUUUAAAGUGUCACAUUGUCAGAAUAACAUCCAUUUAAAAAGAUUCAUUUUCAGAGAUGUUGCCUAGAUGUAAAUAGUCAUGUACUAUCUGCAAAAUAGGAUAUCUUUGUGUUCUGAUAUUUAUCAUGGCAAUAUGUGCAAGGAUUUUGAAAACAAUUAAAUCAAAAAGACAAUAAAGAAUUGAAGCCUAA